AUGAAAACUUUGUAAAGUGAUGACAAGAUAGUCUUUAAAUAAAAGGCUUUAUGUCAAUAGUCAUAGGCUCAUCAAAAGAAGGAGGCUGUCUAUGUUUGUAUUGAAAAGAACUGUGCUAAGGUGGCUUUAUGUUAGACUUGUGUACAGGAAAAACACAAAGGACAUUCUGUAGAACAAAUCGAAGAUAUCAAGCUGAGAGCUAUAAAGUUUAUUGAGUCUCAAGGUAAGCUCUAGCAGAACAAGGAGAUUAUUUUACUUGAAUAGGUGGAAUAGACAAUCAAUGAGCGCUUUUUAAGCAUGUAAGUUGCUUUAGGGAGAGCUUUAAAAAAUUUCAACGAGAGAAUUCAUAUGUAUAAAGAGUGUAUUAAAAGAGAAUAACUUGAUAUUCUUUAUUAAAUAGAAUAUGCUUGUGAGGCUAUAAAAGGAGGUAAGAAUAUAAACAAUGAUCAAUUUAAUAAACACCUAAGCUUACUUAACGCAAGUAUCAUAGAUGCUGGAUGUGCCGCUGGGUUAGUCAAGCCAGCAGAAAACUUUCUCAUGAUUAAAAAAGUUGACGUUAUAAGAGCUGAACUCUAAACCAUGAGCGAGAAAUUGUUUAAGUACUACUAGAAUUUCUAAGAAACAUUUAGCAAAUAUAAUGAGUAGUUCAAUAAAAUAUUUGCAGAAGGAGUUGAAGAAGAUGAUUAGGCUGACUUAAAGUUAAAGCUGUUUAAAAAUAUCCCAAGUGCUCGUUAAAGUAUAAGCAUUCAUGGAGAUGUGAAGAGUAAAUCAGGCAAUGAAGACUCUUUUGAUUUAAUAGAUUCACUUUAAUUUUUAGUCAAUGAGAUUUCUGAUGACGAAGACAAUGCAAGCGCUUAAGGAGCAAACCAUUCUUCAGCUGAAGCAGAGAUUAGUAAUGAUAACAGGAGCAUUAGUAGCGCUCCAAGAAAGAGCCUGAGGAAAUAGAAUAACCGAAGCCAAAGACCUUCAAUAAGAAAAGUCCCAAGUAGCAAUGAAAAAAACAACAUCCUAAUUUAAAUAGAUGAUGACUCAUUUGCUCAGUUAGAAGAACAAGAAAAUCAAGACAAUAACAUCGGGGAAAUCACAUGUGAAAUCCCAAAACAAGACGAUAAAGAGAAAUGCGUUGAUAAAGUGCUUGGAAUAUAUGAAUAAGUUGAAUAGAUAGACGAUGACUGUCCCAGCAAAGCAUAGUUUAAUUUAAUGUAGGAUUAUUCAAAGUGUUAUCCUAUAACCAAAUUCGUGAUUUAAAUUGUUUGCAGCUAGAACGACUAGUACUUUGUUUUUUAUAAACUUGCUAAUGGAACAACUAGUAUGAGAGGUCCAUUCGAAAAUGAAGAAGGAGCAAUUAAAUAUUACGAAUAAAAAAUAGAAGAGUAAAGGUAAUCAGUUCUUAAAAGUAUCUGUUGA